UUGAACGUCCACAGCGUGCGACGCCGGCAUUACGUCAUGACGUUGUUGUUGGCGGUAUUUUUGUUUGGCAUAUACAGUGUUUACUGCCAAAUUCGGGUGUAGCAUAGCAUUCACUUAAAAGAAAAGCCAUAGAUGCUGUAGACUCCAGCACCAUCAAAGCAGACAGAAAUGGAGCGGGAAGCCCAGUCCUCUCAGUCUUCAGAGGCUGCUGCAAAAGCAGUGUUGUUAGAGGAGUGCGAGGAGCAGUUUGGACUGCUUCAGAAGCUUCAAAAUGAGAUAAUUCUGGCAGAUACAGAGGCUAAUGAUGAUCAAUCAAAUGAGGCAGUGAAUCGCCUGAUUGCAAUCACAUCUGAGCUAGAGCAAUGGCAAGAAAUGGAACCAAAAUUGCUGACAACAAGUCCUGAAGUCUUAUUAGCGGUUGGUAAAGAAGAAUUGCAAAGACUCAACAAUCAACUUAAAAUGGUCCUGUCAUGCUCACAAGCAAAGCUGGAUGCCCAGAAAAAGAUUUUGAAAAGGUGCAGAGCAUUUAAGUCGACGAAAGAGAGAGAGAGAGAGAUCAGUGGGCAAGAGACGGACUCCGCCUUUGCCGUCGCCCAAUACCGAGCCCCCGGUUCAGUGAAGGGGGAAAUCACAGAUCUGCUAGCUAAUGCCGGGGUCCCCCUUUUUGCGUCGUCUCCGGGCGUAGAGAUGAUGGGCUUCCCGUAA